AUGAGGUCUCCUUUGGUGGCUGCGACAGCGGCCCUGUGCCUGCUGGGCCAGGGGGCGACGGCCGUUUCCCUGACCAUCACCGACGACAACUCGGUCAAAAGCGCCGCGAGUACGAUUGCCUUCGGCCUCAUGAAGUACUACACCGGAAACAAUACUGGCGAUACUCCUGGAAACUUGCCAGACCCGUACUACUGGUGGGAGGCCGGCGCGCUGUUCGGAACCAUGAUCGACUACUGGCGCAUGACCAAGGACACGACAUACAACGACGUCACGAUGCAAGCCAUGCUUCACCAGGCCGGAACCGAUGGCAGCUUUCUGCCCACGAACCAGUCGCUGACCGAAGGAAACGACGAUCAGGGUUUCUGGGCCAUGGCCGCCAUGUCCGCCGCCGAAGACGUCUUCCCCAACCCGCCGUCCGAUCAACCACAGUGGCUGGCCAUGGCACAGGCCGUCUUCAACCAGUAUGUCGGCCGGUGGGACCCUCACUGCGGCGGAGGUCUCCGCUGGCAGAUUUUCUCGUGGAACAAGGGUUACGACUACAAGAACUCCGUCGCCAACGGCUGCUUCUUCAACGUUGCCGCUCGACUGGCCCGAUACACGGGUAACCAGACCUAUGCCGACUGGGCGCUCAAGGUCUGGCAGUGGGAGAAGACGAUUGGCUUGAUUGGCCCGCAGUACCAGAUCUUUGACGGUCUCAGCAUCGACAGCAACAACACGUGCGGCCAGAUGGAUCAGAACCAGUGGUCCUACAACGCAGGUAUCUACAUGCAUGGGGCCGCCGCCAUGUACAACUUUACCAACAACGCCACCUGGAAGGCCAACCUGGACGGCAUGAUCAAGGAGACGGUCAGCAAGUUCGUCCAAAACGGCAUCGUCUACGAGCAGUUUUGCGAGCCCCGAGGCUUCUGCAGUGUCGACCAGAGCACGUUCAAGGGCUAUCUGAUCCGUUACAUGGCGUCUACCAUACAGCUGGCUCCGCACACCAUCCCGACCCUCAUGCCCCUGAUCGAGAAUGCUGCCGAGGCUGCGGCGUCCAGUUGCACGGGCCCAGCCUCGCCUACCUUCAAGGGAAUUGAUGGCACAGGGUGUGGUUUCACGUGGAUCCCCAAGGGUACAUAUGAUGGCAAAAACGGUGUCGGCUCGCAGAUGAACGCCUUGGACGCCGUCAUGUACUCUCUGGUCCAGAAGGCCCCUGCGCCCGCCACAGCCAACAAGGGCGGUACUUCCAAGGGUGACCCCGGUGCUGGUAUGGGCAACAUCGAUCCUGCUGGCGAUAUUGACAAGGUCACGAAGCCUACAACCGGCGGAAAGGUUGGGGCAGCGAUCCUCACCCUCCUGUUGCUCUGCAGUGUCCUCGGUGGCAGUGCAGUGCUACUGCUGUAA